UGAAUAUUCUCUUAUCGUCAUAUGACCUAUUGCUGGUGCCAGUCGUGUAGGCCAUAUUAAUAAGUAGUUUGUCUAAUUCAGUGCUGUGUUGUGCACCUUUUGAAACCGUUCCCAUUACCUGUAAAUACUCCCCCAAAUAAAACUUUACCAUGGCUGACGCAUUUACUGAAGCAGGCCCAGUCUACGGACCAUUUUUUGGUGUUAUGGGGGCCGCCUCUGCAAUUAUUUUCAGCUCACUUGGUGCAGCCUAUGGAACCGCCAAGUCAGGUACCGGUAUUGCCGCCAUGUCGGUGAUGAGACCGGAGCUCAUAAUGAAAUGUAUUAUCCCAGUUGUCAUGGCUGGUAUCAUUGCCAUCUACGGAUUGGUCAUAUCAGUACUUAUCGUCAGUAGUAUCUCUACAGCACCGACUUACACGCUGUAUAAGGGCUUUUUGCAUUUGGGGGCAGGUUUAGCCGUAGGAUUUUCUGGAUUGGCGGCCGGAUUUGCUAUUGGUAUUGCGGGAGACGCCGGUGUCAGAGGAACAGCGCAACAACCAAGACUGUUCGUAGGAAUGAUCUUGAUCCUCAUUUUCGCUGAAGUAUUAGGUCUUUACGGACUUAUCGUCGCCAUUUACUUGUACGCAAAAUAAUCUGUUACAAUUCCCACCCCCAUGUUCCGUUCAACUCCCUCUCAAAAAAACCUUCCGUGGUCGACAGUCUAUAACUUUGGAUGUUACUUGUGUAAAAACAAACUAAAUAAUGUAAACCAUGGCGAAGGUGGCAGCAUCAUAUUUAACUAUGAUAGGAGUACUGUUAAGGUCAACUAUGAACAGUACCCCCAUCAUAAUGUAAAUAGAUUUUUACAUUGUUUCAGUCAGUUUCGCGAGGGUAUACUUCAUAAUAAAUUAAUUAUUGUUUAGUGUAUAGAUUUUAGGUUACCUUUAUCUAUAAAAUAUAUUAAAUGCUACUCCAUUGAGUAUGCAGUUAAAUAAAGUGGAAAAAAUAGCACAAUUUAUUUUUAAUUUCAUUUUAAGACAUUAUUAUUGAUUUUUGUUAUAUUGCAUUGUAAGCUGUAAUUUAUUAUAUCUCCGCUUUAGUGGUUUGCGUUCUCUUAAUUUUUAUAUUCAUUCUACAUAUCAUCAAAACGUAUUCCAUGAUAAAAAUUAUAUUACUUUGUUGUGCUAUGUUCUUAGUCAUCAUUAAAAAUAUUAUAUAGGGAUAUAUUUCAACAGCUUAUAGUAAGUAUACCAUCUUUUUUUGAGAACAAUUGUGUGCAACCCAGUAUUACAUUAUAUUAAGUUUAAUAUAAAAUCGGUGUCUAAAAUAAAUCUGUACAAAAGUUAUCACAAGUUGCUGUUUUUAGUAUUUGGUUUCAUAUAUAUCUUAGAUGAUUUCAGCUAUCCACAUAUGUAGGUAGUUGACAAAAUUGUUGUAAAUAAAUGUCAGCAUAUGUAUUGAUAGUUUGAUGUCCAGCUACUUUAAAACAUAACUACAUGGUGCACGUCAACCGUCAUUAAAGGACGGUAUUCCGUGCAGCUGAGAUUUGUAACUUAGCAUUAAGAUGGUAUAUAUAUUCUGUUUUAUUUUAGUCACCUUAAUCUUUGUAUAAUGCGGUGUUAAAUCUUUAUGGAUGUCGUUUGUCCAGUUGUUUUGUCGACAGAAUUUGGGGGCUGAGCUUGCCUUAGUGUGAUUAGUUCAAGGACAGGGACAUCCACUUGUAGAUUAUUAAGAUGUAGAAUGGUUUCUGUAAUGAAGGGAACAGCGAAAUUAUGUUGAAAAUAAAUAAUUUGUACAUUCCAUUACAAUUUCUGUUUGUCAAUUCUUGUUUUUCAUUUUAACCAUUUUAUUGCUUUUUAUUUAGACAGAACUUUGUUUUAUGUAUAUAUUCAGUAUAAAUAGAUCUUAAAAAGAGGCUUUUUAUAUUGUGUUGUUGACUUUUAGUUGAAUUUAUUAGGCCUAAUCCCAUAUAUUCAUAUUGUAGUUUUUCCAAAAACCGUCAGCAUGUUAUUAAAGUAAAACUUUAAACCUCAA